AUGUCUCCCGUCCUUCUCCUCGACGGCGGCCUCGGUACGACCCUUGAAGCCGACCAUGGCAUCCGAUUCUCCCCCGCCACGCCGCUGUGGUCCUCGCACCUGCUCAUCACCAACCCCUCCGUCCUGCGAGCCGUCCACGCUGCCUUUGCUGCCUCGGGCGCCGACAUUGUGAUGACAGGCACGUACCAGGCCAGCAUCGAGGGCUUUCUCAACACCGACGCGGCGAUAACCCCCGCCCAGGCCACGGGCUACAUGCGUGCUGCCGUCGACUUGGCCCGCGAGGCCUUCCCGCCCUCCCACGCCGCGCGAGUUGCGCUCUCGCUGGGCCCCUAUGGAGCAGUCAUGCACCCAGUCUCGGCAGAGUAUGCGGGGGAUUACCCUGCUCCGAUGGACGAGAUCCCCGCGCUGCGGGACUGGCAUGCGGCGCGUCUGCGGCUGUUUGCCCAGGAUACCGAGACACACUCGUGGGACAAGGUCGAGUUUGUGGCGCUCGAGACGGUGAAACGCGUGUACGAGGUGACGGCCAUUCGGGCUGCUGUCGGUGAUGUCUUUGCCUCGCUCCCCUCGGCGGAAGAUAGGAAAAAGUGGUGGGUCUGUGGUGUGUUUCCUACCGAUCAGGUCGAUGAGGAGCAGGUCCGACGAUGGAUCCGGGCGUCGCUCGAGAACACCACCGCCAAUGGAGAAGAUAGUUGUCCCUUGCCCCGUCCCUGGGGAGUGGGGUUGAACUGCACCCGGAUCGAGAACGUGCCGCGCAUCAUGGAGAUCAUGGAGGAGGAAGUGACGAGAAUGGUGCAGGAGGGGACCUUUGUCGACGAGUGGCAGGCGAGUGCCACGGGUCGCCCGUGGCUGGUCGUCUAUCCGGACGGUACCCAGGGCGAACGCUACGAUCCCUCGACGAAGCAGUGGGUGAAGCGUGAUGUGGCCGACACCGUCACCCGCCCGUGGGAGGAUGUCUUCUGGGAGACCGUCCAGGCCGCCCGCCAGCGGGGGCUCUGGGAGGGGGUGAUGAUAGGAGGUUGUUGCCGUACGGGGCCUAAAGACAUUGCCGCUCUACGGAGGAAGAUUGACUCUGCUUUUUGA